AUGGCAGAGGCAACACCAGCCGUCCCAAACAAGAACAGAUAUGCAGUUGUUACAGGGUCAAACAAAGGAAUAGGGUUUGAAAUAUGUAGGCAGUUGGCUUGUAAUGGGGUCCUGGUGGUUUUAACAGCCAGAGACGAGAAGAAGGGACUUGAGGCUGUUGAGAAACUCAAAGGGUGUGGCCUUUCUGAUCUUGUCUUCUUCCAUCAGCUUGAUGUGGUGGACCCGUCUAGUGUUGCUUCCCUUGUUGAUUUCAUCAAGACCAAAUUUGGAAGACUUGAUAUUUUGGUAGCAUUCACUAAUCAAUGCUUAAUUCCUUCUCAGUUGUUCUUCUACUUUACUGUUAUUAUUCUGUGCAAUCUUAGCUUGUCUUCUGUUCAAAAUCUGUGGGUAGCUUCCCAGGAUUGGGUCAAGAACUUCUGGCUUGUCUCUUGA